AUGGAUACUGGAAAUAGUCAUGGUUUGGAAGCAGCGCUUCCAACGGACAACCGUGAGGGACAAAGCGAUGAGUCCAGAGACUUGGAGGAAGCGUCCCCAACUGACCUAGCAUUGGCUCUGGAUGAAGCCGCGACAGCAGAAGUUCUCAACGUGCAAACAUUCCAUGAUGAUGGAAACAGCCCCACCACCAUACUUGAAGAAAACCAGAAGCAAACCUUGGCUUUGGAAGAGGCCGCUAGAGCGGAGGUUCUGAAAGUGCAAACUUUGUUGGAGAAUGACAACACGAUACAUACAGAUGCUUCAGUGGAAGUCGAUGUGGAUGAUCUUUGCCUUGACGACUUGGAGAUGGCACAAGACAAAGACUACAAGAAAAUGCAAAUAACCUUUCCUUCCGAGGGUGCCAAGGCAUUGUCAGAGAUUGAGGACAAAGCAAUGGCGGUGCUACCAGUACAAGCUGAACACGUUCGAGCAGAGGUUCGGAAAAUGGAAAAGCUCUUCAAUAACAACAACUCAACAGAAACGUCAUCAAGAAGAAGAGCGCUUGGAAGAGCAGAGGCGCGUCGCAAUCCUACCAGCCACCCAGGAGCCUUUGCAGUAGAUGGACCUGGAUUUGAUGAUGAUGAUGAUGAUGGAGAGAGAACAAUAACUGUUGAAGCCAGCAAUCAACUCGAAGAUAUCACAAGUCAACCUCUCCCUAACAACGCCGAUGAUGACGGUUUGGUAGAAGCUCGGCCCAUUAGCGAAAGUCAACAGCACCUUUCACAAGCCACACCAAUGAGGGAAAGUGAAGAACUGCACAACAGCAACAUGAUCAGAGACAAGAGAGCGUUUGUCGUGCUUGGUGGCAUGCUGAUGUUGGUGCAUCACAACCGUGGUUACAGCUUUGGCAGUGGUGAACAAGUCAUCCCUCACAGACUCCAGCAGCAUCAUGACAGAUAA